AUGGCGUCCACAUCCAGAGCUCUGGGCAGGCUUUCGGCCCCCUCCAUGGGCGUUGCCCGUCUCCAGACCCAGGCCAUUUCCCGCCUUCUCAGCUCUGCGCCUCGUCGCGCCCUCAUCUCUGAGUCUAGGCAGGUUGCUGUCACUCAGCAGAUCCGUCGCGCCCACACAGAGACCACUCCUGCUCUCCCCGAGCCCCCCAAGGAGCGUCGCCGGUUUCGCAAGUUGAGGUGGCUCUGGAGGGCACCUCUUCUCGCUUCCCUCGCCGGUAUCGCCUAUGUCGGCUGGGGUAUCUACGAGGAGAGAAACCCUGGUCCUCAGGUUGAGCCUGACCCGUCCAAGAAGACCCUCGUUGUUCUUGGCACUGGCUGGGGCUCUGUCUCUCUUCUCAAGAAGCUCGACACUGAGCACUACAAUGUCAUCGUCAUCUCGCCCCGCAACUACUUCCUCUUUACCCCCUUGCUCCCGUCAUGCACGACCGGUCUGAUCGAGCACCGUUCCAUCAUGGAGCCCAUCCGCACCAUUCUGCGCCACAAGAAGGCCAACGUCAAGUUCUACGAGGCUGAGGCCAGCUCCGUUGACCCCGAGCGCAAGGUCGUCCGCGUCCUCGAUACCUCCGAGAUUCGCGGCGACGUGAUCGAGACCGAGAUCCCCUACGACAUGCUAGUGGUUGGUGUCGGUGCUGAGAACGCCACCUUUGGCAUUCCCGGUGUCCGUGAGCACACCUGCUUCCUCAAGGAGAUUGGUGAUGCCCAGCGCAUUCGCAAGAAGAUCAUGGACUGCGUCGAGACUGCCGCUUUCAAGGGCCAGUCCCAGGAGGAGAUUGACCGUCUUCUGCACAUGGUUGUCGUUGGUGGUGGUCCCACUGGUGUUGAGUUCGCUGGCGAGCUCCAGGAUUUCUUCGAGGAGGACAUCAAGAAGCUCAUUCCCGAUAUUGCUGACCGCUUCCGCGUCACCCUCAUCGAGGCUCUUCCCAACGUCCUUCCCAGCUUCUCCAAGCAGCUGAUCGAGUACACCGAGAGCACUUUCAAGGAGGAGAAGAUCGACAUCAUGACCAAGACCAUGGUCAAGAAGGUCACCGACAAGACCGUCGAGGCUGAGAUCAGCAAGCCCGAUGGUACCCGUGAGAAGAUCACUCUCCCCUAUGGUCUCCUCGUCUGGGCCACUGGCAACGCUGUUCGCCCCGUCGUCAAGGACCUCAUGGAGCGCAUCCCUGCCCAGAAGGACUCUCGCCGCGGUCUUGCCGUGAACGAGUACCUCGUUGUCCAGGGUACCCGCGAUAUCUGGGCUGUCGGUGACUGCGCCGUUGCUGGAUACGCCCCUACCGCCCAGGUUGCCUCUCAGGAGGGUAACUUCCUGGCUGGUCUCUUCAACAACAUGGCCCGCACCGAGGUCCUUGAGCAGCGCGUCCGCGAGCUCAGCGGUUCCCUCAACCUUCAGCCUGGCAACGCCGCCGAGAUCUCGAAGGAGAUUGAGGAGCACGAGCGCCAGCUCCGCCGCAUCAAGGACAUCAAGCCCUUCCACUACUCUCACCAGGGUUCUCUUGCCUACAUCGGAAGCGAGAAGGCCGUUGCUGAUGUGAGCUGGUUCAACGGAAACCUUGCCUCCGGUGGCAGCCUCACCUUUCUCUUCUGGAGGAGUGCCUACUUGUCCAUGUGUUUCAGCACUCGCAACCGUCUCCUUGUCAUCAAUGACUGGGUCAAGUCCAAGCUCUUCGGCCGUGACGUUUCUCGCGAGUAG